AUGGAACCAUCUGAACUACGUAGUAAUGAUAAAGGUGAUAUUUGCCCAUUCUGCAGGCCAAAAGAGUUUCAUGAUUUUGAAAACAUUGAGGAUGCUGUUUUCGCCUGGUUAGAUGACAAUACUAACACGCUCCGAAAUUAUAUAUACUCACAUGCCUCCCAAAGCAUUGUUGAGGAUUUGCUUCGUGCAUCAGCAUUCAAGAAGUCAAAGAGUCUAUACCCUUUUCAGAGUAAUUUUGCACGGAUGAAUUCGUUUGUUGCACCUCAAUCGAAAAACAAGGAGAUGCCUAUUCGCAAAAUUAGUAGCAGCGAAUUCGAGCCGUUGGCAUUCCAUCCAAUCUUAGCAACUGGACACGAUGGCUGCCAGUCGUUUCUCGCAUCUGUGUCGAUUGGUGGUGGCCUGCCUAAAAACGACUUCUCGGGUCAGAUGUCCUCCAAAACAGUUUCAACUGAAACUUCUGGUUUGCCCUCCAAUAUAAGUUCCGAUCAGGAAGAAAAACCUGAAGGAUUGAAGGCCCUUGCGGAUACUUUCAAGGAGUUUUAUUCAAACGACGUUAUGAAGGAACUGGUUUUGGACAUUUGGAGCGAUUCAGAUCUGUCAUCACUGUGUUUCAAAAUCCUUAGAAAUGCCUGUCUCCUAUUGAAUGCUGAUCGGGCCUCUUUAUUCAUAGUAGAAGUAAACUCUUCAACGGGUGAUCGAUUUCUUGUCAGUAAAUUAUUCGACGUGACAGCAAAAUGCACAUUAGUUGAGGCUCUGCACAAAUCUGAGGCGAAAACCGUCUCUCUCCCUUUUGGGGUUGGAAUUGUCGGCUGGGUAGCACAGACAGGCGAAGCUGAUCCUCGCUUCAAUCGAGAGGUGGACUUGAAAACGGGUUUCCAUACUCGUUGCCUCAUUUGUAUGCCAAUAAAGGAUGGUGAAGGCAAUGUGCUAGCUGUAGCUCAAGUCAUGAACAAAAAGCAGCAAAAGCCAGUGGAUGAGCAUGACACCUCUCUCGUCUUCUCCACUCGUGAUGUUAACCUGUUUGAAGCCUACACCAGUUUCUGCGGCAUUGGCCUGCAUCAUGCCCAAAUCCUCUUCCGGAGUCAACUGGAGACACGUCGCAGUCAGGCUAGUCUACUUUCACCAUUUCAUGAGAGUUGA